AUGGGGCAGUACAAACCUGGAAAAUCGUCAACAAUGGCGGAUUACGCCCUGGAUUUAGCCAGACAAGCAAAAUUGCUUGAACCCCCAAUGGGAGAUGCGGAAAUAAUACGCUGCGUUAAAAGGCACUUCGAUAAAGAAGUCGCGCGUGAAAUCAAGUGGUCAACCACUAAAAAUAUUUCCGAACUAACGUCGAUCCUUGAGGAGAUACACGACGAGAAACAGGCGGCUGCGGAGACUAAGUCAGCGAGAGACAAGUCAUCAGAGAAAGCCUCGACCAAAAGUGCAACAAAGAAGAGACAAGACCCGGCGACACAAAACCAGAAAACCAAAUGGAACUCGAAAAAGAGUCCAUACGUCCGAAAUAAGGAGCAAAAAGCGCUUCCAUGGUACGGACAGGAAGCAAAAAAGUCAAAGCCGAAGGUGGAGUUUCCAGAAUCUGAGUCCGAUGAAGAGGAAAGAAUAAAGCAACGAAAUCGAAGGAUGCCUCAAGAGGAAGAAAAACAUCCAACGAGACGAAAGCGCCGAAGAAGAAGGGAAUUUCUACCAUUAAGCAAAGACAGGUUUCAUCGACGGAUUCGGAAGAGACUACGGACGAAAGUAGCCCAAAUGACAAUCCGGAAGAGUCCUUCGAAGAGAAAAAAAUCUCGAUUAUGA